AUGUCGUCUUCUGAUUCUGUACUUCCUGGUCUGCCGGGCUUUGACCCCCAGAAUAUCCAGCCAUGGACUGUCGAGGUUGUCGUGUGCAUGACGGUCCUGGCACUGGCUUCAGUCGGCCUACGACUGUUUAGUCGACAUCUCAAGGCACAGCAACUAUGGUGGGACGAUUAUAUUAUCAUAUUCUCAAUGUUGUGGAAUCUAGUGGUCGUCGGUUUCAUCUUCGCCAUGCACUCGUGCGGUAUGGGCCUCCACGCCGACAAGGUCGACCCCAAGGACAUCGUCAUGAUGGCAAAGUGGCUGGUGGUGGCCGAAGUGCUCUACGCCUGGAACCUUGGCUGGACCAAGCUGAGCCUGCUGGUCAUGUACUACCGCAUCUUCCGAGUGCCCUACUUCAAGAAGAUGGCCUGGAUCGUCAGCACUUUUGUCUUUGCAUGGGUCAUUUGCAUCACCUUCCUCUUCAUCUUCAUCUGCAUUCCCGUCGAGAAGCUUUGGUAUCCGGACAUUCCUGGUCGCUGCAUCAACCAGGUCGGCACCUGGAUCGCCAACGCCGCGAGCACCAUUUUCACAGACGUCGUCAUCCUGAUGCUGCCGCUGCCACCCAUCUGGAAGCUGCAGCUGGGCAGGUCCGAGAAGAUUGGACUCACCACUGCUUUCGCCCUCGGAUUCUUCGUCGUCUUCGCCUCAGCCUACCGAACGAGUGUCCUCUUCACCUACAGCAACUCCGAUCCUACGUAUACGCUCGCCCCGACGGUCGGCUGGACGGAUAUCGAGAUGUCGGCGGGUAUUGUUUCAGCGAACCUACCGACCAUGUUGCCAGUCCUGAAGCUCGUGGCUCGUUUUACCGGACUUAGCAGUCUUGCGUCAACCGUUCGCGCAGGUUCGAGGCCUACUUUCGGAUCCAAGGGGGACAGGAGUGCCCAGGGGCUGGCCUCACGGGAGGAUACCAACAAAGGCACCAGGUCAAACUCCAACACCAGCUCGAGGGGGGAUGACUUUUAUCGACUUCCCGACGAGACCGACUCCGAUGGAUUGAUGAAGGGGUCGGGAUUCGGAGACCUGUCCACGGCGUCGGAUGCUAAGCUGAGGCCUGACACGAAGGGCUAUGAGCUCACCGUGAAGACGUACAAGUCGAACCCGGAUAGGGAUGACGAUAGUGGAGAGGGUAUUCUCUUGCAGGGCAUUCGGGUGCAGAGGGAGUUUGAGCAGACGACUACGACGCGAAAGCAGUGA